GAAAGCUAUGAUAACAAUAAUAUCAUGAAGUACAGAAUAAUAUUGCCCAUAUUGGGCACUCUGGUGGCUACCUGCCUGGCGGCCCUCUCAUUCGAAUCAGAAGAUAUUUUACGAGGAAUGGUCCUCGACAGCAGAGGUCACAUCUACCUAGGAGCGGUGAACGCACUUUACCAACUAGACCCCGAACUUAACGUUCUGAAUUACACGAUAACGGGACCAGUGCAGGACAACCCCAACUGUGCUCCCCCUCAACUUGGUAUGGAGUUCUGUCUGAUCGAAGGAGAGGAAAUGAGGACAACAGACAAUUACAACCAACUGAUUCUGAUAGACGACAUAGCAGGAUAUCUCAUCUCGUGCGGCAGUGUUUUCCAGGGUACUUGUACAGCUCGCCUGUUGGAGGAUAUCUCUUUUGCUAUACCUGACUCUGAGUCUUUCUACCCUGAGAACUAUGUCGUUGCUACUGACCACCGGUUGAAAUCAGUUGGUUUCAUAGGAGAAGUAGAACCCGGCAAACAGUCUCUUUUUAUUGGUGGCUACGUCUCCGCAGACGACGAGUUCACAAUCCAAGAGAACAAGAAAGCGGUCAUCGCAAACCGAAAACUGCACAGCUACGAAUCCGGAGCGUCCUUCACCUACUACACCAGCAUGCAACGAACCCUCUUCUACCAGCGAUCCUGGCACGUAAAACCCUACGUCGACAUCUCCUACGUCUCUGCUUUCCAAGACGAACGCUUCGCUUACUUCUUCUUCCACGAGCGCCAACUAACAACCCACAUGGGCACAGACACCAGGAUAGCACGUACCUGCCUCUCAGACACUGGCAACACCAACUCUCCCCUCUCAGACAGCACCUAUACUUCCUAUAUCGAGAUACCUAUCUCGUGUACCUACGAUGGGGUGGAGUAUCCUGCCAUGACUUCUGUGGAACUGGUGACGGUGGAGGGAAUGUAUCAGGGAGAUGAGAAGGUCCUGGUCGGGACUUUCAGUAACGAGAAGAACAACACCCAUACCGCUAUUUGUACUUUCUCUUUUGAUGAGAUAAACCGACAGUUAAACGCCAAAACCCUCGCGUGCUCUAACGGAGAAGGAGUUAAAAAGAUUAGAUCAGAGGCUCGGGAUAACGUUAUACCCUGCACAAACUCCAAGACGACCUGUACAGACGUUUGCACGUGCAAUAUAAAGAAUGACAACUAUCCACUGGAAGUGGGUGAGAAGUUGAGGUCGAGCAGUGUGAAACUGAUUGAGGGAGAUGUGUUGGCAAUCUCUACAAACGUGGUGAAGACUGAUGUAGAGGUGUUCUUAGGAGUGGAGCAUCAGAAUAUACACACUCUUCAAAAGUAUGUCAUCGAAUCGGUGGAUAGAGUUCAUCACAUAGACGAUUACAGCACAGAAACGCUCUCCAGCAAAGUGCUACAGAUAAAGGUGUUAUCCGAGAAAGCCGAAGUGUUGAUCUUGACUGAAAACUCCGUGUUCACCCGUCCCAUCUCCGUUUGCUCCAGCUACAUUGACGCAGACUGUGAGAAGUGUAUUGCAGUGCGAGACCCACACUGUGGGUGGUGUGAGAUGGCAGGGAGGUGUACUCCUGAACACGAGUGUACGAGUGAUGUGUGGCGUGCAGGGGGCGAGUGUACCAGCAUCACCGCCCUGAAACCCAACAUGAUGAGCAUGGGUACUCAGAGAGUGGGAAACAUGGUCGCUGUAACCACCAACAAUCACUACCCUGAGGGGACUCCUGUUAGUUGUGAUUUUGGGAGGUACGGACUGAAGGAAGCUGCUGUUGGGGAAGAUGGUGAAAUCACUUGUUUGAUUCCUUUCCUUAACCCGCCGAUAGACGGCCAGCACAUGGUGGAUUUCUCCCUCAUUAGUGGAGACAUAGUCCUUGCAUCAUCCGAGCAGGCGUUCACCUUCUUCAACUGUGAAUCUUACACCACAUGUACAUCCUGCACCAGUGCAGCAGUGGGUUGCGGGUGGUGCACGUACGCAAACCGUUGUGACCAGGUCUGUGAACAGAUCUCAGAACCACAUCAGUGCCCAGCCCUGAACUACGGGAUCUCAUACAUUCCUGCUGACUACUCCCAUCGACUUGAAAUAUCCGGCCGUAAUCUGCCGCAACCUUUUGGGCAGGACCAAGACAGUUACACAUGUGUAGUCAACAUACACGGUGAGGAGACCAGACUCCCGGGUACCUACGUUAACGACACUAAAGUUAUCUGUGCUACAAACCACACGUUUAACAGUCCUGCUACCGCUGGUGAAGUCAUCUCCCCCGUCAAGGUGCUCUGGAAUACCAAAGAAAUUGAAUCAGAACGACAACCCGAAAUAGACAUCUACCGUUGUGGGGUCCUUGGUAAGGACUGCAGUUCCUGUCGUGCUAACUCCAUGCUGAGAAGGUGUGGGUGGUGCGAUGAACUCUCCCAAUGUCUCCUCCAGACUGGAGGGUCCAACAUAUGUCCGGGAGCGUACAGUUCAGUCUGUGUCGGUCUCACUGUCGAGUCAUUUGAACCUAAACAUGGUCCGGUGGAGGGUGGAACUCUGGUGACUAUCAGGGGUACUAACUUGGGAAGUAGACCUACAGACAUCACUUCUAUCAAGAUAGCAGGAUUACCCUGCGAGGUACAGACAGAAGGGUUUGAAGUGUCCCGAGCAGUAGUCUGCCAGACAUCCCCUAGUGGAGUGCCUAAACACGGCUUAGUGGAGGUCACUACUAGUGGGGACCAGUACAUUUACCCUAACUUCAUGUACUAUUACAAGAAACACAAGGUUAACGACGUGUCACCUCGUUGUGGUAUCGCUGCUGGUGGAACUGAUCUCACCAUCUCUGGAGACGAGCUUAAUAUCGGGGUUUCCAUGUCUGUUAUUGUUGCUGGUACCAUGUGUGACGUCAUCGACAAGGCUACCCAGAAACAAGUGUCCUGUACCACCAGAGCAGGAGUGAUCGGAGAGUCCAACCUUCAGGUUAACAUUGACGGUGGAAUGGUUAACAGCCCCUUCCUGUUCCAAGUGGUGGAAAACCCGAUACCUCAGUCUCUGAGCAUUAACAGUUCCAUAAGCUCAGGAGGGAUCCCAAUAGAGAUUGGCUUUAAAGAAGGGUACAGGCUUGAGUGCGUUCAGAAACUGUCGCUUAUAUUCGAGACUGUCAACAGAGUCAACGGUGAAAAUAAAUGUGAGAAAUCAGGUUCCAAAUUCUUGUGUAAAACUCCCACAUUGGACAUGGACAUGGCAGGGCUCUCGGACCUUCCUGUAUCUUAUGUGACUGCCCAUCUGAAGGCUGACAACCAUCUGAUAGCACUGAAUCCUUUCCCUGUCCACGCUGAUCCUAUACUUGAUCCUGUUAAUAAUACUAAUGAAGAUGGUUUUAUUGAGUGGCCUCUCUCUGGUGGACAGCAGUUUGUCAUUAACGGACAAGGUCUGAACAAAGUUUCCGGUCUAGAGGUUUUUGUCGGAGGUCUUGCUGUAACUAUAAACGACAUAACCGAGAACCUCAUUAUCAUCACACCACCCAACUACAAUACCUACAAGGAACACAAAGCCCAGAUGAAGGCACUCUCCCGCCCUAAGCGUGAGGGGUCACGCAAGUUGCGUGAGGCUGAUGAUGACGUCACAGAUGCACCUGACAAGCGUUCUCACGACAAGAAGUAUUCGUCGGAGUACAUGGCGAUCGUGACAGUGAAACUUGGAAACUGGAAGCACACAGCAGGAAAGCUUUACUACACCAAGAGCCCUUCGGGUGGUAUUCCUUAUGUGGCUAUCAUCAUCCCUAUUGCUGGUUUUAUUGUUCUAGUCGUCCUCCUGUCAUAUGUGGGACUCAAAUAUCACAGAAGCCAGCGGUCUCAUCGUCGAACUCUCAAAACGGUCCGCAUGCACAUGGAGAAACUGGAGAUGCGAGUGGCAAACGAAUGCAAAGAUGCGUUCACUGCACUCCAAAUGCAGCUGACGGACGUAAACGGAAACAUUGCCGAAAUUCCUUUCCGACCUUUCUCGGACUUCAUGUCGAGUGUUUUGUUUCCCGGCACAGAAGCUGAAACUAAGAUCUUCUCGCCACUGAGUGCUCCCAGCUCUAAGGUGGUGGAGACAGCACGGUUAGCUCAGUUCAGACGACUGUUAAGAGAUAGGGCCUUCUUGCAUAAGUUCGUCGAGGUUGUGGAGGCUGAUCCACACUUUGAUGUGGCAGCCAAGUGUAAGAUGGCCAGUUUGUUGGUCAUCGUCAUCGGCAACGACAUGGGCUACCUCACUGAGGUUCUCUUCUCAUUGAUGGAGAAGUUGAUAGACAAGUUCCUGGCAAAGAAGAACCACCCUCAACUGCUGCUCCGGAGAACGGAGAGUGUAGCUGAUAAACUCCUCACUCACUGGCUCAACUACUGUUGUUACCAGUAUCUCCGACAAAACGCAGGAAAUGCCAUCUUCACCCUUUUCUCUGCCAUCAAACAACAGCUGGACCUGGGACCUCAAGACGAGAUAACGUACGAGGCUAAACUGAGUCUGAACAACGAGAAGAUGUUAAGAGAGACAAUCGAGUUUAAACCUAUUGUAGGGACUGUCCGGGAUCUUAACAAGAAGGAACAUUCCGUCACCUUACUGACUUGUGACAGUAUCAGACAAGCAAAACGAAAGGUUAUCGAAUCAGUACACCGAGGUAAACCCGCCUCUCAAAUCCCCUCGAUUGAAUCCUUCGAUCUCAUGUACAUCAGAACAGGGAACACCCCAAUGAUCCUCCGUGAGAAUCAGGCCCCAAUCGUGGAGGGAUGGAGAAAGCUGUGUACUCUAGCGGACUACAAGAUAGAAGAUCCUACUCCAGUUCUCGCGAUGAUACCACUCAGCACAGACUCCGAACACAGCUCUCUCAGUCCUACUACUGACAGGAGGAAAGCUAGCUUCCUGACUACUAAGCGAUACAGGAGUAAGGGUAACCUGAUAACAGCGGGAAUGAACACGAGUGACACUGACAAGUCGGAAGAGCGACACCAGGUCUAUCACCUGGUGAAACCUGGUUGCGACAUCAACGAGUCUGACACCCUCCUCAGCACCAAGAUGAUGUCCGAGGUGUUCCUUACCCGUUUAUUGUCAACUAAAGGUACCCUACAACCCUACGUAGACGACCUCCUGGGUAACGUUUUCAUGUCACGUGAAAGAGUCCCUCCGGCUGUUAAGUACCUGUUCGACUUCCUGGAGCGUCAGGCUCAGCGGCAUAACCUACUUCACAAUCAGGCUUGUAUUCACACGUGGAAGAACAACAGUUUGUCACUUCGGUUCUGGAUGAACGUGAUAAAGAAUCCUCAAUUCCUAUUUGACAUCGACCAGACCCCUACUAUCGACUCUUCUCUGAAUAUCGUGUGUGGCGUGUUUAUGGACUCCUGCUCGACCUCAGAUAAGGGGCUUACAAAGGAUUCUCCUAUAAACAAACUCCUGUACGCUAAAGAUAUUCCAAGAUACAGGAAACAAGUCCAGAAACACUACGAACAGGUGUCGUCCCUCCCUCCAGCACCAUUAGACUUCCUAACAGGUCUCCCUCCUACUGGCCUCAACUCCACCGUGGCCGUCUCAGAGCUCCUACAAAUCGCCAGCAAGUACUCCAAACAGUUACAAACUUCUUUUGGACCCGACUCACCCUCUCUUAACCUAAAAUUCACAUCCAUCAUUGACGCUAGCUUAAUGACAGCUCCCAAUUUAGUGUAGUGUUUUCACGGUUUAUUAGUUGAUUAUUUAGAUAAUUCGUUAAUUGGUGAAUUGAUAAGUCGAUUGCUAGGUACAUGUUUUUUACGGUCGAGCCGA